GUUUUGGCGGGCUUAAUUAAAAAAAUUCAAAAAUCAGAGGCCGAAAUUAAAAACCCUAGCCCCUCUUUCUCUCUAUCUAUCUAUCUUUCACUCAACUCAAAUCUCUUCCCUCGCCACUUCUCCCUCCAUUUUCGCUCUCUAGCUUUCGAGCUUCCUCUCUCUCUCUCUCGAAUCCGAAAUAUCUAUUCCCGAAGUAGAAGAAGAAGGUCUCUCUGUUAAUCUGAGCUGUGACUGCACAUGGGGAAGGUAUCGCCGAAGGAUUCGGAUUCGAAGAUCUCAACGAGGAAGAAGAAGCUGAAGAGUUCGAAUAACAAGUACUUAAAGCCUGAGGCUCUUGUUCAGCUUUGUUACAGCAAAGCUUCCGCUACUGCUAAGUCUAAUAAUGAUUUGGGGAAGAAACGUGUACCUGUGUUUGAUUCUAAGCCUGCUAGGAGCAAUGUGAUUGCUGUGGAAGAUGUUAGUUCUCCCAGAAGCCCUCUUUUAUCGUCCCCUGUUAACGUUGUUAAGAGGAGCAGUCUGGUGAGGCCGAUGAAGUUUGAUGAUUUGCAGGUGGAGAGUAGUAAGAAGAGUCCUUUAAUGUUAUCUCCUGUGAGUAUUGUUAUGCAAAACUCGCUGUUGAGGACUCCGAAGACGCCGCCACAAGCUGAGCCUUGUGACUCUGAGUCUCAGUUUGAGUCUCUUCCCAUGGAUUUACUGGUUAAGAUUGUGUGUCAUCUGCAUCAUGACCAGCUGAAGGCAGUGUUCCAUGUUUCUCAGAGAAUAAGGGCAGCUGUAAGUGUUUCUGACUUGGUUUUUAGUUUUGCAUCCAUGUUUUAAUCUUUCAAUUAUACAACGCCAGACCGCUCAAGGCAGGAGAUGCUGAGUGUUCUGACCCCAAUGCCAAUAAAUCGUUGGCCUUUUGUUAGCAAGGGUGAUGAAAACUAUAGGAUCAUGGGAAGCCCACACACCCCAAAGGCACCGAGACAUGCUCCUCGACCCCCUUGCCGAACUAAACUAGCGGAGAUGAAGCAAAUCACCGCUGUUCUUUUCCAAGACCAGACAGCUUUCCCUUCCAGGUGCAGCGUUCCUUCGGUUCUCCAGAGGCCGACUUUGUUCAAACCACUGGCUCCAAAGCACCCUCGCGUGCUCUUCUACGAAGAUGAGUUAUGUCAAGCUGUUGCUCAAAACAACCUUCAGUGAUUAUGCUUGCUACAGUCAAGACGCUUUUCUUUCGCUUGUUCAUAUUAAGUUUGCCUUCAUCGUGGUUCAUGAUCACCUCCAUCAUGAUUAUCAUCGUCUCCAGUUAUAGACUAUAUAGUAUAAGUAGCAUGCAAGUUUUGUAGCAGUGCUAGUUCAGGGUAUUAGGUUUACAUGGUAAUCUCUUAGUAUUAUCAUUUCAAGGUUUUCGAGUUUAAGUCAUCUGAGUUUGUCAUAAUAAGCAAGUGUUUUCUGAACUGGUCAGUUGAGUCUUGUGUAUAUUUUUCUGCACUUAUUUGGAUUGUUUUUUAUUUUUCUUCUUUUAUUACCUUUA